GGACCGACGCCGUAGUGUACCCAGAUCGCGUACAUUGUGAUGUUGUGAACCGGACGGGUGUCUCGCCGCGGCGUUGCGUACAAAGAGUGUGUGCAAGAGAUACAUAAGAGACAGAGCGAGCGAGAGGGCGCGCGGCCGCGUGUCAUUACUAUCAUGGUGAAAACCGUUUUGUGAAUAAUUACACGAGUACGAUUACCGUUAUUUUUUCGUAUACCUUGUUGUGUGACGAGCGAGCCAAGGAAAAUUUUAAUAGAGAAAAAAAAACGAUUGUACGUGGUUUGAAACGUGAUCGCGAGACGCGCGCCGACCGAACGGAUGGAAAAAAAAUAAAUAGAAAAAAAAAAAAAUCGUACAUAAUCGAAAGGGCCCACGGCGUGUGCGUCGGUGCGGGGACGCGCGUGUCCGAUCCGUCUGGUCGCACGUCCAUCGCCGACCGGAUCGUACGUGGCGAGUUGCUGCUGCCGCGUACAACCACCGGCACAUCACCACCCGAUGAUAAUCGUCCAAACAGCGGGUCACGGAGGAACAAAGAGUUUUGAAACCGAGCUGUUCUAGAAUAUCGUGUACGAGUAAUCGACGACUUUACCGUCCACGGUCUCACCAGAUCUAUCUCGGAUCUAUCACGAAUGUGCAGGACGUAAACAACGUUUUACAAUCGAUGUUUCAUUAUAAUAACCGCGUCACGCGCACCGUUGGCGUCUGUUGAGCAGCGGUUGAACGGCUGUAGGAGCGAUCGUAGACAUCAAUGUGCGCGCCGUUGAGGUACGCGUGUUGAACAUUCACAGUGCGGAUCCGGGUGGGACGAGCGACGAAGACAACCGGCCGGGCACAGGAUCAGAAACGGUCGGCGGCGGCGGCGGUGGUGGCGGCGACGGUGGCGACGACGACGACCGCGGUGACGACGUGGACGACAACGAGACGUCUCGUGCGCGCCGGCCCAUCGACGCCGACGGCCGCCGCCGCGUUCCGCGACGAGCGUAAUAUGAUCGCGGCCGGCCGCGACGGUGGUGCAAACAAUGGUUGGCGGUGGUGAUACCGUCGUGCCGGCGCGCCGGUCAUCAUGCGGUCCGGGCGGUCGGGGCGGUCGCUCGUGCUACCGCGGUCCUGUUCCAGCGGCCACUACUACCGCGCACCACGGUCGGGUUUGUCGCCGUUGUUAGUUGCUGUCACCGGGCUUGGGGUUCGUCGCCGUCGCCGUCGUCACCGCCGCCGCCACAGCGGCCACAGCCGCGACGGCCAGCAGCACCGGUGCCGGCGCAUCGCCGUCCGCGCGCGCCGCCAUGAGGUUGGUGCAGAGCAUCGCGGGCCGGCGAGAGUCCGCGGACGCACAACCGGCCACGUCCACUAGCAGCACGCGGCUGCUGCACCAUGGCCAGUCGGCCGACCUCGAGCAGAUCAGCAUCGUGUCGUCCAACGCCACGCCGUCGCAAGUGACCUACGGCACCGGUCUGGCCACGGCCAACGGGCCCAGGAUAGUGCCAGGAACGAUAACCAGCACAGGGCGAAUUGGUGAACGACUAAGUAUAUCUGGCACGAGAUUAGACACUGGGAGUCCAGUAAGAUUUGGUACCAAGUCCAGCGUAGAAUCACUUAGACAUACUGCAGGCCGACAAAGUUUACUAGACUUAGUAGGAUGUAGAUUUGGCGUCAAUCGAAAACCACCACAGCACACUUGUUUCUCCAACUCGCGGGACUCGUUGACGCCCGCGUACACCAACCGAAGUGGUUACCUUCCGGGCGGCGUGGCCAGCUCGGACUCGGACAUCGCUGCCAAGGCGGGCGGCGGCCGUUCGUCGUCCGGGCAGCCCCGACCGAGCCGGGUGAACUUCGACGGCGCCGGCACGGGCGUUUGCGGCGGCAGUGGCGGCGGCGGUGGCAGCGGCGGCGGCGGUGGUAGUGGCGGUGGCGCUUCGGCGACCGCGGCGGCCGCGGCGGCCGGCAGCGGCGGCUCCGGGAACGCCGGCGGUGGAGGCACGGCCGGAGGAGGCACGAGCGGUCGCGCGUCGUACAACAACGCGCGCGGUUCCAUAUGCUUCGACGGUGGCCGUCAGAAAAACGGCGGCACGCGGCAGUACCGGGACCGGACGUCCGACCGCGUCAAGGGCAUCCGGUGGUCAUUCGUGUUCGACCCUGCCGGCCAGCUGUGCUACUACUGGAACAUGGUCGUCUCGCUGGCGUUUCUCUACAACUUCUGGGUGAUCAUCUACCGAUUCGCGUUCAGUGAGAUCAACCGUAACACGAUUGUGGUGUGGUUCUGCCUGGACUACCUGUGUGACCUGCUGUACGUGAUCGACAUACUGUUCCACUUCCGGACCGGGUACCUGGAGGACGGUGUGCUGCAGACGGACGCGGCCAAGCUGCGGAACCACUACAUGAACUCGACUACGUUCUACAUCGACUGCCUGUGCUUGCUGCCGCUGGACUUCCUGUACCUGUCCAUCGGGUUCAACUCGAUACUCCGAUCGUUCCGCAUUGUUAAGAUCUACCGGUUCUGGGCGUUCAUGGACCGCACCGAGCGGCACACCAACUACCCGAACCUGAUCCGCUCCGGCAGCCUGAUCCACUACCUGCUGGUGAUAUUCCACUGGAACGGGUGCCUGUACCACAUCAUCUACAAGAACAACGGGUUCGGCAGCAAGAACUGGGUGUACACGGGCUCGGAUGCCGAGGAGACGGACACGGUGAAGCGGUACCUGCAGAGCUAUUACUGGUGCACGCUGGCGCUGACCACCAUCGGCGACCUGCCCAAGCCGCGCAGCAACGGCGAGUACGCGUUCGUCAUAUGCCAGCUGCUAUUCGGGCUGCUGCUGUUUGCCACCGUGCUCGGCCACGUGGCCAGCAUAGUGGUCAGUGUGAGCGCUGGCCGCAAGGAGUUCCAAGCAAAAUUGGAUGGCGUUAAAACAUACAUGCGAAUGAGAAGAGUACCGAAUCAUUUACAGACCAAAGUUAUUAAAUGGUUUGAUUACCUCUGGUUGACGCAAAAAUGUUCCGACGAAGAGAAAGCUAUUAGCUGUUUACCGGAUAAGCUUAAAGCUGAGAUUGCGAUAAAUGUACAUUUGGACACAUUGAAAAGAGUAGAGAUAUUUCAAAACACCGAAGCUGGAUUUUUAUGUGAGCUAGUGUUGAAAUUGAGACCCGUACUUUUUUCUCCUGGAGAUUAUAUCUGCAGAAAAGGGGAAGUUGGAAAAGAAAUGUACAUAGUCAGCAGAGGCAAACUGCAAGUAGUCACCGAUGACGGAAAGUCGGUACUAGCUGUUCUUCGAGCAGGGUCUUAUUUUGGAGAAAUCAGUAUACUGAACAUGGGCACAGCAGGAAACAGAAGAACCGCUUCAGUCAGAUCGGUGGGCUACAGCGACCUGUUCGUGCUGUCGAAAAAGGACAUGUGGGACGUGCUCAAGGAAUACCCAACUGCGAGGAUCAGGCUCGAAGCAAUAGCGACCAAACGGUUGGAAAAGUACAAAACCGAUCCUAGUCCAGAUGACAAACUAGAAGGUCUAGUCGGACGACGCUGUAAGUCGACCCCUGGGAUCGUGGAAAGCCAAAUCAAAGUAGAAGAAGAAAUGUGGAUGCAAUCCAGUGAAGCUCUUUUGAGACCGGUGGCAACGUUUAACAACAACAUCAACAACAGGUCUUCUUUCAGUCCCACCGCAAGCCCCAGUUUCAGGUCCAACGCCGCGGCCACAUUGGAAUCGCCUUUAUCUAGUAAAUACUCGCUGGACCAAGAACACCAUCAUCAACAUGUCCAAGAAACUCAGAAAAAUUCAGCCACCACUUCAGGCGGGGGUACGGAUGGGUCAAUGGUGUCCGCGCUGAAAGCGGAAAUCAACCGACUCCAAGAGCGUCUGAUAGCCGUGGAAACGGAGAAUUUGUACCUCAACAAAAAAGUCACUCAACAGCGAUGGGACAUGGACCACAGACUCGCCGAAAUCGAGCUACAAAUUUGUAAAGACGUCGGGAGCAGUGCAGAUAGUAGUUGUGACGAUAACGAAAGAAACAAAGAGUCAAUAAUUUAAAACUUUUUUGAAAUUAGAUAUAUUAUAAAAUAAAAUAAAAUUUAAUAAUAAUAAACAGAUUCAUCUGCGCAAAAGACUGACGUCAAUAUAAUAUUAUACCGAGUUUUAGUUGUGAUUAAUUUUUUUUACUUUUUUUUUUCUUUUGUUAUCAUCAGGGUGAAAUUGAAUUUGUAAAAUCCAGAAAACUGCGAUUGUUUUGAGCUCAUAUGAUAUGAAUAGAA